AGGGAAUGGAACGCGCCUACUAGGAUUAGAACGUUACUAUAAAAAUUAACGUGCCAAGAUUUACUACGUUGGUUUGUUUAGUUGGAUCCAAUAUAAAUAAAUAUAAUAAUUAGCUGAUUUCCGGAAUAGGACAUGAAAAAGUUUAAUAAGAAGGAUUUAAAACCGUGUGAACUGAAACCUAUUGAGAAGGAACUGUCACAACCUUUACCGGGAGUCCCUAUCCAUUUUAACUACGGGAUAUUUUUUGAUGAUGACUAUGACUACAUGCAGCACCUAAAAUCUGCGUCUGAUACUAGAGAAGGCUACGCUAUAUCAGUUAUACCUGAAGAUUGCAAAAGUACUACCUGCAGUCAGUCUGACUCAUCGGAAGUACGAGAACCAGAAGUUGAUUACGAUGAACAUGUUUUUAGCGAUCUCAACAUGGAGUCCGAAGCUGAGUCCUUCGAUGACGAAAGUGAAAUAGAAGAUAAUUUCGUAGAACUCGCAGGUGGACAUACGGUAAAAACGUCGGAAACUGAUGAUGAAGAUCCGAAAGCAGCUAUGACUAGGCACUUUGUUAACGAGAAACCAGCUGAAACAGAUAUCUCAAGACUCUCAAAAGACAAAGUUUCACUCAUGGAACGUUUCUUGUAUGGUACCAAUGAAAGUUCCACCGACAUCUCAUGUUCCGACGUCGUUGACAAUUCAUCUAAAGGUGAUUAUCCAGAUGAUGCAACCAUUCUGAAUAGGGAGUUUGAGAAACUCAUUUUACGAUACAAAUCUAGGUCAAGCUGUGGGCAAUCUUUUGUUUCUGGAACAUCGGUAAUGAGUGAAGGCUUAAAAUAUGCACUUAGUCGUGAUAUUGCAAUCGCAAAACAGGGAGCGAGACAAGAUGAUGAGGAACUAGACGAUGAAUUAAAGAGCAUAACAAUCAAGAAGUGCUAUGAUUUGAAUGAAGAAGAGCUACAGGACGAUGAUGAAAGCGAUUGCACAUAUAGUGUUAGAAAUAUAAAAGUUACGGGUUUCAAUGAUGAGCCCAAACCAAAUGCAGUAAAGUACAACCACUUACCUAUGCCAAACACCAACAAAAAUAAAAAGAAAUCAGUUUUAAAAGACAAUUCGGAAGAUAACGCGAGUGUUCUGGAACUGUCAAAACCACUAGAUCCUGAAUUACUUGUGAGGAAGAAGGGAGAAUCUACUGAAGACAAGCGGCUACGUAGGGGCGCCAUUAAACAACACCGCCAGCUGCGACGAAAGAUUCGCAAGGCGAAUCAGCUGAAUUUUCGCCAAGAGAAAGAGAGACAAAUACGGAACAACAUGCAAGCAAUGGUAGUUCACUAGUCGCAAUUACUGUGAUAACUGACCAUACAUUGGUGCCGAAGAUUUACUCACCUUUUGUUUGUGCUGUGUUGUAAAGACUUGUGAUUAUUUCACAUUAACGAUAUUACUGUGACAACAUCAAUUACAAGUAUUUUCAUCUCCC